GGCGUCCUGCAGCGGGGCUGUCGGGAAACAUGACGGUGCAGGACCCGCCCAGAGACUUUCUCCUGAGUAAUGACACCGCCAUGAUCACGGCGCCCGGUUCACACACGGAGGAGGCGCCGCGCACAUCCACACGCACUGACCCCGCCUCUGGUGCAUGCGGGGCCGCUCCAUGUGACGCUGCUGCUGCUGCUGGGGCUGCUACCAAAAAUCCAGUAUGGCGGAAUCUGUCAGGAGAUGAAUUCUUCUCCCCUCGUCCCCUCCGCUCGCCGCACCGCUCCAGCCCGCGCCCCGGGAUCCGGGAUGGAAGAGGACUGAGGAGAGGACGCGCGCCGCCGCCGAGCCGUGGAGGUUGGUUCCGGUGUCCGACGUGGGACCGCCCUCUCUGUUUGGACGAGCCGGCCAGCAGGCCGAUGGGGAUUGGCUGCCGGACGACGCCCGCUUCCCGUUUCCUGUCGGACCAGCCCGAGAACGCACUCGCGCUCACGCACUGGCGUUUGCGCUACCGCUUUGUGAUUGCCACCCGCUGAACCUCAUCUUACACACACACACACACGCGCGCGCACACACACACACACACACACACACACACACCCCGAGCCUGGUGCUUGCUCUUUGUUCCCGCCGCACCUGGACCGCCGGGCAGAGAUGACCUCCCACAGCCAUCAAGAGGGAAUCCUGGGAAAGGAGCAGCAGCUCGAGGUCCUGAAGACAUCGGCGCUCAACCACAUCCCAACAGUGGACAUCAACUCGGCGCUGCCCCUGCGUCUCCCCCCUGCUGCCAUCCCCAUGGACCUGCGCGUGGACCAGCAGCAGCAGCAGCAGGGGUCGCCUAUGUCGCCACCCGGACAGCAGUCGCCCGGUCCCCAGACCGGCGGCGGCGGUGGAGGCGGCGGAGGCGGCGGCGGCGGCGGCGUGGGGGCGUCGGUGCGCGAGCAGCAGCUGCAGCAGGAGCUGCUGGCCCUGAAGCAGAAGCAGCAGAUCCAGCGGCAGAUCCUCAUCGCGGAGUUCCAGCGGCAGCAUGAGCAGCUGUCCCGUCAGCAUGAGGCCCAGCUCCAGGAGCACAUCAAGCAGCAGCAGGAGCUCCUGGCGCUGAAGCACCAGCAGGAGCUGCUGGAGCACCAGAGGAAGAUGGAGAACCACCGUCUGGAGCAGGAGCUGGAGAAGCAGCAGAGGGAGCAGAAGCUGCAGCUGCUCAAGAACAAGGAGCGCGGCCAAGAGAGCGCCGUGGCCAGCACCGAGGUGAAGAUGCGUCUCCAGGAGUUCGUCCUGAACAAGAAGAAGGCUCUGGCCCAGCGGAGCCUCAACCAGGGAGGUCUCCCCAACGACGCCCCCUACUGGUACCGUAAAACCCAGCACAGCUCUCUGGACCAGAGCUCGCCUCCUCAGACCGGAGUGUCCACGUACAACCACCCCGUGCUGGGCGUCUACAACCCCCGGGACGACUUCCCACUGCGAAAGACUGCCUCGGAGCCGAACCUGAAGCUGCGCUCGCGGCUGAAGCAGAAGGUGAGCGAGCGGCGGAGCAGCCCGCUGCUGCGGCGCCGGGACAGCCCCAUCGCCACCGCCAAGAAGCGCUCGCUCGACAUGGCAGACUCGGCGUGCAGCAGCGCCCCCGGAUCAGGACCCAGCUCCCCGAACAACAGCUCCAACAACAUCCCCAACGAGAACGGCAUCACUGUGUCCGUGGCCAACAGCACAGAGGCGUCUCUGGCCCAGAGGCUGUGCGGCGCCGCCGAGCGCGGCUCCGUCAACCAGCUGUCCCUCUACACCUCGCCGUCCUUGCCCAACAUCACCCUGGGGCUGCCGGCCACCGCCACGGCCACCGCCGCUUCCAACGUGACCUCGGCGCAGCAGGACGCCGGUCUGCAGCCGGCUCUCUCCCUCAGCCCGCCCUUCCUGUCCGGCGGCCACUUGACCCCCUACCUGGCGGAGGCCGGGGCGGGCACGGGGGCGCACGGCGCCCACAGCCCCCUGCUGCAGCACAUGGUGCUGAUGGAGCAGAGUCCGGCCCAGAGCCCCCUGGUGACAGGCGUGAGCGGCCUCUCCAUGUCGCCGGCGGCCUCCAUGGCCAAGCUGCAGAGGCAGCACCGGCCGCUGGGGCGGACCCAGUCGGCGCCGCUGCCCCAGGGCAGCGCGGCCCAGGCCCACGCCCAGGCCCUGGCCCUGCAGCAGCUGGUGGUCCAGCAGCAGCACCAGCAGUUCCUGGAGAAGCACAAGCAGCAGUUCCAGCAGCAGCAGCUCCACCUCAACAAGAUGAUGGCCAAGCCCGGCGAGUCGCCCGUGUCCCGCCAGCACCAGAGCCACCCGGAGGAGACGGAGGAGGAGCUGCGGGAGCACCAGGACGCCGGCGCCCUGCCGCCGGGCGUCACCAUCAAGCAGGAGCCGCCCGACCCGCAGGAGCUGCAGGAGGAGGCGCUGCAGCAGCACCGGGAGCGGCAGGCCGAGCAGGAGCUGCUCUUCAGACAGCAGGCUCUCCUGUUGGAGCAGCAGCGAAUCCACCAGCUCCGAAACUACCAGGCGUCCAUGGAGGCGGCCGGCCUGUCCAUCUCCUUCCCGGGACACCGGCCCCUGUCCAGGGCGCAGUCGUCGCCGGCGUCCGCCUCCUCGUUCCCGAUCAGUGUGCCGCCGCCGCCGCCCGACCCCCCCGUCAAGCCUCGCUUCACCACAGGUCUGGUGUACGACUCCCUGAUGCAGAAGCACCAGUGCAUGUGCGGAAACACCAACAGCCAUCCGGAGCACGCCGGGCGCAUCCAGAGCAUCUGGUCCCGGCUGCAGGAGACCGGGCUGAGGGCGCAGUGCGAGUGUAUUCGUGGGAGGAAGGCCACUCUGGAGGAGCUGCAGACGGUUCACUCUGAAGCUCACGUCCUGCUGUACGGCACCAACCCACUCCGACAGAAACUUGAUUGUUCCAUCACUCCCAUGUUCGUGCGGCUCCCCUGUGGCGGUGUGGGAGUCGACAGCGACACCAUCUGGAACGAGGUCCACUCCUCCGGCGCCGCCCGCCUCGCCGUCGGCUCCGUGGUGGAGCUCGUGUUCAAAGUGGCGACCGGAGAGCUGAAGAACGGCUUCGCCGUGGUCCGCCCCCCCGGACACCACGCGGAGGAGAGCACCCCUAUGGGUUUCUGCUACUUCAACUCGGUGGCCAUCGCAGCCAAACUGCUGCAGCAGAGGCUGAGCGUCAACAAGAUCCUCAUCGUGGACUGGGACGUUCACCACGGCAACGGCACGCAGCAGGCCUUCUACGACGACCCCAACGUCCUCUACCUGUCCAUCCAUCGCUACGACGACGGCAACUUUUUCCCGGGAAGCGGCGCGCCUGACGAGGUGGGCAGCGGUCCUGGAGUUGGGUUCAACGUCAACGUGGCCUUCACUGGCGGCCUGGACCCGCCCAUGGGGGACGCGGAGUACCUGGCUGCCUUCAGGUCGGUGGUGAUGCCCAUCGCCAACGAGUUCGCCCCGGACAUCGUCUUGGUGUCGUCGGGCUUCGACGCGGUGGAGGGUCACCCCCCGCCUCUGGGCGGCUACACCCUCACCUCGAAAUGCUUCGGGUAUCUGACCCGCCAGCUGAUGACCCUCGCCGGAGGCCGGGUGGUCCUGGCUCUGGAGGGGGGUCACGACCUCACCGCCAUCUGCGACGCCUCUGAGGCGUGCGUGGCCGCGCUGCUCGGCCAGGAGCUGGACCCGUUGCCGAAGGCCAUCCUGGAGCAGAGGCCCAACCCCAACGCCGUGCGCUCUCUGGAGAAAGUCUUGGAGACUCACAGUAAAUACUGGCGCUCGGUGCAUCGCUACUCGCCGCGGCUGGGGCUAUCCCUGCUGGAGGCCAAACGGGGAGACUCGGAGGAGGCCGAGGCCGUCAGCGCCAUGGCCUCGCUGUCCGUGGCCAACACCAACGCCAUGGAUCCAAGGCCAGAGGAGGAACCCAUGGAGGAGGAGGAACCACUGUAACGGAGGGACGCGCGAGGGUGUCGCACCGUAACCUUUGACCUCUCCGGAGACAGCCUCUUUGAGCAGCGAAGAGUCACGACUGACCCCUUCAUUUAGUCCCCCUUUGACCCCGCUCACCACGUCAGUCACCUUGAUUGGCGGCCCCUCGGCCUGCACGAGGGAGGGAGGUGUGUGUGUGUGUGGGGGGGGGGGGCUCGGCCUCGGGAGGAGGGAGCCCAUGAGACGACAGAGGACCGGACUGGAACAGAUUUCACCCAGAGACUCUUUUUUCUCUGUCAGUCUUCACAACCCCCCACGUUAGCUAGCUAGCUAGCUAGCCACGUUAGCGGCUAACCAAGCGAUCACGGCGGCGGGCGAGCAGGCAGGGAGGGGUUGGGGGGGGGGGCGCCCCGGUGUCGCCAUGGAAACGGCGGGACAAGACUUGUGGUGCUUUACGUACGGGACACCAGGGACCGCCGCCUCUUCUCCUUUCUUAAGCGUUUCGCCACAGAAACGCGGCGGGCGGCGGCGGCAGUGCCGCGGCGGCGCCGGACCUUUUACCGCGAGCGCCCGCCGUGGACCCGGCCAGCUUUUGACAAAGAUUUGACGGCGGGACUGUCGACCUGUCCGUGGAGGGAGGCGCCUGAGAGGAGUGCCUUGGCGAGGGUCCGCUGGAUUUCAGGAUUGUUCAGGAAUAGGUUGCCUUAAAGUUUCAAAAAAAUAGAAGAAGAAGAAGAUUUUUGGGCGGAAAGGGGGGGAGGGCGGUCCAGAGUGACGGCCUCCAGAAUGACGAAAACAAUCUUUCAGCAUGUUUACUUCGAGCGUGACGCAGACAGCGCUCCUGUCUCUCACAGCCUCUCCUGAAGAGUCACUUAAUUUUUUUGGAUGGAUCUAUUUUUCUGUGAAAAAAAACAAAAAACAAAAACAAAUGAAACAAACCUAAACGGCGCUCGGUGAAGGUAGUUGCCAGCUUCAGAGGUGGAGCGUGGAGAGGGUGUUAGCCUUCGAUGUAGCCUCCCUUUAACUGAAGUCAUUGCUUUGUAGGAAGACACGAGGAGCGUUUGGAGCAUGCCAUCCAGCAGAGACGAGACACACCCGCUUUUCCUUUUUCUUUUUCUUUUCUUUUCUUUUCUUUUCUGCAAGAUCUUCUGAAUGUUAUCCAAAAGAGAAAAGCCAAGCAAGUGAAGCCAAAGCAUGAGUUUUUUUUUUUGUUUUGUUUUUUUUUCCGCAUCACACAACUUCACCAACAUCUCGUUUUUAACUCUUCACUCGCCGGGUGGCAACUACCUUCAUGAAGACGGGAUGGAGUCCGGCGUUGUUUGAUUUUUUUUUUUUUUUCCACACAUCGAGUCGCCAUUUUACGAUAUCAGAAACCUGUUUGUUAAACAUGUAUACACUUGAGAUUUUUUUUCUUUUUUUCCUUUUUCUUUUUUACUGUAUCAGAUUAUUUUUCUAACGUUUUUUUCAUCCAUAGAUUUGUGGGGGGGGGUUUUUUUAAUCCAUUUUUGGGGAUAGUUAUAGGGCUGCCAUUCACAUACUCACAGCAGUUGUCACGACUUCUUUCUUGUAUUUAUCAGAAAUAAGGAGCAACACUUUCUUUCUUUCUUCGGCUCCCUUCGAAGCCUUUCUUGCAUUUUCCAUCAGUUCUGUAUUUAUAACGCGUACUGUUUAUAGGAGAUUUGUAUAUGGAGAAUUUAUAAAUGUACUCUAAUGACAGCUAUGAUAUUGUGAGCAUAAAGAGGAGUCGGGGGUGGGGGGGUGGGGGGGGGGGGGAGCGUGGCGUACGAUAACGACUCCUCCAUCUUAAAAGAGCAGCCUAUCGAAGUCGUCACGGACUGCACUGUUUUGCCGCCUCAUGGACACAUUUCUUCUUGGACCGUGAGGUUUUAAGGGCGAAGGGGGGACGUGGAAGAGAGGGACACCGACGUCCAGAAAGUGGAUUUUCGGUUUUUUUUUCUUCUUUUUCUGUUUUUUUUUUUUUUUCUUUUCAAAAACGUCAGCGUGAAGCACGCGUUGCACUAUCACGUUCCCGCAACAUCCGUGUUUCUUUCCUCCGCCCUUCGUUUCUACCCUGCUCGAGUCGAACCGGCUCGAAACGUACGCCGGCGCCGUCUCGUCACCUUUUCUUUUCAUAUCAUUCUCUAAAGACCUGUGAAAUUUGAAGGUUGAGUUCGUACUUUUCCCACGACGAAAACAUUCCACUCGUUACUGUAUAAUUUGGCUUUUUUUUCCUCUUAUUAUUUAAAAGGUGAACUUAAGGUCGUCUCUUUUUUUUCUUUCUUUUUUUUGUAGAAACUUUAUUACUGCUCUUUUUUUGCUGUCUGCUCGCGCCAACUUUAACUCUUUGCAUGGUUUGUGAGUCAGCAUGCCUGCUUGUCUAUGUAACAGAUUAAAAAAAAUAAUGUAUUUGCACAAUAGAAGAACACUGGAGGACUUAAGCAUUUUUUUUUUUCCUCUCCGGCGGGCAAACAAUUCAAAAAGACUACUUGGUUGAAGUCUGGAGACGAUCGAGCACUUACGGACGUGUGCGGACUGCGUUUGAGAGGAACCUCUGCUACAUCCACCUCCCAAAGAAUGUCUCCGGAUAUCGGCUUUGGGGGGGGGAAAAAAAUACUACAACGAAAAAGAA